GAAGGCCCGGCCCGCAGCUUCCCCUCCGUCCCUCCUUGCUCAUGUUUAUGUAUGAGGCGUUUCUGCAGUGAGCCGCUGGAUAUUGAUGUGUUUUAAGGAGGUGUCCCCUGGCCUCCAUCCCUCCCUCUCUCUAUGUCUCCCUCCCUCAUCCUCUCUACACCCCCCCCUCCUCCUCCUCCUCUUUGCCGCUGAUGAACCGCUGUGUCUCGGCGCGCUCAGACGCGCUCGGCGUUUAGUCUCGUCCGGAACCCCCAAUGGCCUCCGAUCACAGGGACUGCAGAAACCAGAUCAGCAGCCUCCCCUAGCGAAGGCAGGAACCCGCCAGAGCCCACUCGUGGAUUACCGCAUUGUUUUGUAAUUCCCAUCAACGGAGAUGGAGAGGAAGAUGAUGAUGAUGAUGCGCUCUCCAUGGUGGAUUUCCCUUUUGUGCGUCUGUGGAUUGAUGCACGUCGGUCACCAGAGCAACCCUCAGUUCCUUAAUGCGGGCGCCUCGUCGAGCUUCAAGGUGCCUCGUAAAGAAGUCAGGUUCCUGGGCAAGGAGGACACGGUGCCUGUCCGCCUGCUCUACAGCCGACACAACCACAGCCAGAUUGGCCACGAUGAGCUGAGCACCCGGGUGAAGGGCAGACCCGGAUCCACGCAGGUGAACCAUGUGGCUCAGGCCAGCUUUCAAGUGGAGGCUUUUGGCAGGAAAUUCACCUUGGAUGUGGAGCUGAACCAUGAUCUGCUGUCUUCGGAGUACGUGGAGAAGCAUUUGUCAGCCAAAGGGAGGACAGUCAUCACCGCUGGAGGAGAACACUGCUACUAUCAGGGGAAGGUGAGGGAUGUUCCAAACUCCUUUGCAGCCCUCUCUACCUGUCAUGGACUGCAUGGAAUGUUCUUUGAUGGCAAUCACACUUACCUGAUUGAGCCAGGAGGAGAGGGCAGGACUAACAACGAGGACGAUGGCAUUCAUAUGGUAUACAAAUCUGGAGGAGGACCAGACGGACUUCUUCAUGAUCUCGCCGGUGACCUUCCAGAGCCACCUUUUCCCAGCCCUCCAUUUCCUGGGUCAAGAGGUGUUCACAGGAGAAAAAAGAGAGAGGCUCCACAUAUGUCACGAAGUGUUGAAGAUGAGACGAAAUACAUCGAGCUGAUGGUGAUCAAUGACCAUUUAAUGUACAAGAAGCAUCGACUCUGUGUCGGCCACACCAAUAACUAUGCUAAGUCAGUGGUCAAUAUGGCUGACAUGAUUUUCAAGGAACAGCUGAAUACGCGCAUUGUGCUGGUUGCCAUGGAAACAUGGUCCGCCGACAACAAAUUCAACAUCGACGACGACCCCAUGGUGACCCUGAGGGAGUUCAUGAAGUACCGAAAGGACUUCAUCACGGAGCGAUGCGAUUCUGUACACCUCUUCUCAGGAAAUCGCUUUCACAGCAGCUGGGGGGGAGCUUCCUACAUAGGAGGAGUGUGCUCCCUCUCUAAAGGGGGGGGAGUCAAUGAGUUUGGAAAAACAGAUGAGAUGGCCAUAACUCUGGCUCAGUCCCUGGGGCAGAACAUCGGCAUCUUCUCCGACAAGAAGAGGAUCCUUAAUGGGGAGUGCAAAUGUGACGACCGCUGGUCAGGCUGCAUCAUGGAUGAUGUUGGCUUCUACCUGCCCAAGAAGUUCUCUGACUGCAAUGUGGAGGAAUACUACAACUUCCUAAACAGUGGCGGAGGAGCGUGUUUGUUCAACCAGCCCCUGAAGCUGCUGGACCCUCCUGAAUGUGGAAAUGGUUUUGUGGAGCCAGGCGAGGAAUGUGACUGUGGCAGCCCACUAGAGUGUGCCAAAGAGGGAGAGAACUGCUGUAAAAAGUGCACCCUGACUCAAGGCUCUAAAUGUAGCAAUGGACUGUGCUGCAAUAACUGCCAGAUGGAAUUCAUGGGUGUUGUGUGCCGGGAUGCUGUGAACGAUUGUGACAUUCCCGAAAACUGCACAGGAAACUCCAGCCAGUGUCCACCAAAUGUGCAUAAGAUGGAUGGUUACACAUGUGAAAAGGACCAGGGGCGCUGCUUUAAUGGGAGAUGCAAAACCAAAGAUAAACAGUGCAAGUACAUUUGGGGAGAGAAGGCCACAGCGGCUGACAAGUUCUGCUAUGAGAAGCUCAACAUUGAGGGGACAGAGAAGGGCAACUGCGGGAGGGACAAAGACACAUGGAUCCAGUGUAACAAACAGGACGUUCAUUGCGGCUAUCUGCUGUGCUCCAACAUCUCGCCUGCCCCACGACUGGGAGAACUACAAGGAGGCCUGACGUCCUUUUCAGUGGCGAGACACAGUGCCUCUCUGGACUGCAGUGGUGCUCAUGUGGUGAUUGAUGGAGACACUGACCUGGGCUACGUGGAGGACGGGACGGCCUGCGGGACAGACCGCAUCUGUUUCAACCACAAAUGUCUCCCCCUCCAGCAGUUCAACUUCAGCACCUGCCCCGGGACCACUGACAAAACCGUCUGCUCUGGACAUGGGGUGUGCAGUAAUGAGCUGAAGUGUGUGUGUUACCUGGGCUGGGCGGGAGAGGACUGUAACUCCACUUCACCGCUCAGCUAUCUUGUGGUGGGACCCACAGCCUCAGUUUCAGGCAUCACCAGUACCAACAUCAUCAUUGGGGCCAUCGUUGGUUCCAUCCUCUUCCUCGCCCUCAUACUGGCUGUGACAGCCUGGUGCUACAAGAGCUACAAGCAGAGAUGCUACGUGGAGUCCGAGGUUCACCGAAGAUUCUGCCGGCAAAUGCCCCCAGGUGACUAUGUAACAAAGCCCAGCGAUGCCGAUUCCUUUUACAGCGACAUGCCGCCUGGCGUGAGCACAAACUCGGGCUGCAGCUCCAAGAAGAGGUCAGCCUGUCUGUCGCACCUUCAGAUUUGCGCCCUGUCCUUCACUCCAUCCAUCCCAUCCAUUACUCAGAACAUCUCACUGUUUGGCUUCAGAUCUAAUGGCCUCUCCCACUCAUGGAGCGAGAGAAUCCCAGAUGCCAAACACAUCUCUGACAUCUGUGAGAACGGCCGGCCGAGGAGCAACUCGUGGCAAGGAAACCUGAGUGGCAAUCGCAAGAAACUGAAAGGAAAGAAGUUCCGUGCUCGCUCCAACUCUACAGAGUAUUUAACACCUCACGACAAAACAGACUUUUAUGAUGUAACUAAAUGGGUAGAAGAUGUGAAUAAAAACACACAAGGACCGUACCUUAGGACACUGUCUCCUGCCAAGUCCCCCACUUCCUCUACAGGAUCUAUUGCAUCCAGCAGGAGAUACCCUUAUCCCAUGCCGCCCCUUCCAGAUGACCAGAGGAAAGCCAACCGGCAGAGUGCCAGGCUGUGGGAGACGUCGAUAUAAGAGCAGAGGAAAACACACUGUCACUGAAUGACACACACACACACACACACACACUUCAAACAAUGAAACAAAAUGGACUCUGAUCAACAAAAGACAAACUCCUCUGAAACUAAACAGAGGUGAGUGUCCCUGACGGUGCUGGAGGAACCAGCACCACAUCCGGUCCAGACUGGUUGGAGCUUUGGCUCCCCCCCCCGCACCCUAACCCAACCCUGAGCCAUCUCCCCCCCCACUGUGGAUGUGGUCCAUGUCCAUUGCUGCAUCGCUGGAUGGUUGGUGAGUGUAUAAAGACUACAUGCAUGAAUCAACAAAGACUCAAUUUGGACGGAACGCAUGUGAGGAGCAGAUAUACCACACCUUUCGCUUUGUGGCCAUCAUAGCUAACAAUCGCACAUCACUCCUCCUCCUCUCCAUGUUGUGUACAUAAAGAAAGACGAUGACACUUUUCUUUGUUUUUUUUAAUUGCUGUGACCUCUUAAAGCUUCACCUCCCUUUCACAGCAGAAUGUACAAAAACGUUUGGUUUAACAAAAGCCUUCUUCUGUGACAUUCCCGUGUCCACAAGGACCAACGUGUUCUUCUCGCUCACCUCGUAGUCUUUCCGUUUUUACAUUUGGAUUUCUGACACCCCCUUUAAGAGGAGAUGAACCAGCCAAUACAGUACCGCCAUUUGUCUUAUGCAAAAAGGUUGGCCUAAGUGCAGCCGGCAGCUGCUUUUACUAAAAUACAAUUAAACAAGAAAACUUAAAAAAAUCCCCAAAAACAAUAGCAAUAAUUGAAAAAAAAGAGCACGUAGGCAUUAUGUAAUGAGAGAUGGUAGAGAUGUUAAUACUAAUACUGAUAAUCAAUAAUAGACAGUACUUCACUACGUCACUUGUAACACGAAGAUGACAUGCAGGCUGAUUUUCGUUAAAGGGGUCUUAUCCUUACAUUGGCAACCUGUGUAUGUUUCAGAUGUUCUACUCUUGUUCUACAGGGGGCGGUGUUUCUCACUAGAGUUGCAGCAAGGAAUUGAUGAACUGAUGAAUGGUUGUCCAGUUAAUGGACAACUUUUUUGCUAUUCGAUUAGUCGUUUUUAUUUAAAAAUGUGAGUGUCCUCUGAUUUCUGUUCUGAUUCCAGCCUCUCACAUGUGAAUAUCUUUUAGUUUCCUGAGUCAUCCAUGAAAGCAGACUCAUUAUCGUCGCAUUUUAGGCAAAACGAGACAUUCAAACACAUCAACUUUGACUUUGGAAAACAGUGAUGGGCAUUUUUGCCUCGUUUCUGAUAAGUUGACGACCAAACCGCCAACUGUUUGUGUUUAGUUCGUAUUGAUUUGGGCCAUCUAGAUCAGGGGUGUCCAAAGUGUGGCCCCGGCACCAUUUGUGGCCGGCAGCACAUUGUAAAAAUAGCAGCAAAAGUCAAUAAAUCAUCAGUAAUUUUACACGAAUGAAAGUCAAAAUAUUAAGACCAAAAAAAAUUGUAUUCGAAUGACAAAAACUUGUAAUUCUACGACAAUAAUGUCGGAAUAUUAUGAGGGAAAAAAUAACAUCAUUUUAGUAGCAUCAUUUUGAAAUAUGAAUGAAAUGUUUUUUAAAAGUUGUAAUACUAUGAAAAACAAACAAAACAACCAAUAAAGUUGUAAUUUUUGGAAAAUUAGUUUGCGGAAAAAGUUCCGAGAAUAAAGUCAAAAUACUAUGGGAAUAAAGUCAGUAAAGAAAAUGUACAAAAAGAAAGUUGAAAUGGUUGGGGAGGAAAAAACAGUAGAAAUGAAAAAAACCAGCUGUACUUUUAUGAGAAUGAAGUCAAAAUAUUAAGAGGAAAAAAGUUGUAUUCUAAUGAGAAAAAAAGUCGCAAUUUUACUAGAAUAAACUCGUAAUAUUAUGAGGAAAAAUAAUUUUAUUUUAGUAGCAUAGAGUCAAAAUUUUAAAGAAAAAAAUUUUUUGGGAGUUGUGUUAUGACAAACAAACAAAACACAUUAAGUUGGAAUUUUUAGAAAGUUGGGUUGCGGUAAAAGUUGUAAUAUUACGGGAAUAAAGUUACAAAUAUUGUGGGAAUAAUGCUGUAAUAUUUCGAGAAGAACAUUUACUUGGGUUAUUUACUGUAAGAUUUGGAAAAUGUAAAAAAAAAAAAAACAAUUGGGGGUGGGGGGGGGGGGAGAGCAAAGAGUGAAGUUGAUACUAAUAGUUGAUACUAGUUGAUACUAAUACUUUUUCACCUGUAUCACAAAGCUGAAGUGCAGAUUGUUCUUGAAAUAUACAGUAUAGUACUUCUGAUAGUAUCUUUACAAAAUAUCAAAGCGGCUAAGUUGUAUCCUACCAUUUUUCAUUUUUCACUAGGUGGCUCUCGCUGGAAAAAGUUCGGACACCCCUGUUGUAGUGCCUAACCGAUUACUCGGUUAAUCAAAACAACAAGAUUAAUCAACUAAUAAUCAUGAGUUGCAGAUAUAUAUAUAUAUAUACACACGCUGCUUUUUUUGCCACUUGGGAACAUCACAAGAGUUCCACUAGAUCUUAGAUCCUCUCAGACUCGAGUCACAGUUUUGAUGACGGACUCAACCUGACAAUAUCAUCAAAGACUUGCAACUUGACUUGGACUUUGACAUCACUGACUCGAGACGUAACUUGGACUUUAUUCUGAUGACUUGAAAAUACUUGAGCUUUUCAGUGAGCGUGUUGAGUAAAAUGCGUCCCCGUUCACGUAUCCAACUAAUGUGAUUGUUACGUCAUUUCCAGCAAGACUGCAUAUUUCCUCUUGGAAUCUUUCUCAUUGAAUGCAUCUACUAACGUCCCGUCAGGUUUAAGAACAAACAACGAAUGUGUGGAUUACAUUUCUGUGCACUGACUUAGUCCUGAAUGUUGCGGUGAAUGAGUCUUGUCACACUAGUCUCAUUUAAAAGCUAAAACAACUCAAAAUGCAUUCAUUGUGUUUGUCAAAUUGAAUGGUGUGUUGCAUUGUUAAAAUGGCAUUUGAUUCGCUCCACACUAAACAGGGCUUAGGAAACUUCCAAGCCUAUGACUUGAAACUUGACUCAACCUGUCUUGUCUUGCUUUGAGACUUGACUUGGACGCGCACGUCUAACUUGAGACUUGACUUGAGACUUGCAAAACACACUUACUCCCACCUCCGUUUCUCACAUCCCAACUUUAGGAAGUCCAUAUAUGGCAACUAGCAGGUGACUGCUGCUCAGUACCGUUUGCGGCUUUUUCUUGAUUAGGACAGCCAGAAAGUGUUUUUUGGGAUGUAAGAAUUUUGUGUCUAAACCGGACUAAAGCAGCAAUGGAAAGUUUUUGUGUUGUGUGGAGCUCAAGACCUACAGUACCUCGCGGUUACGGCUGCUCUACUCUCACUUCUUCACUGACAAGCAGUUUCCAGUUUCCGUCUAAAAUCCAAUCAUUUCAAUUCAAUGCCUUUAAAAUGUCUAAAAUUCUUUAAAAAUCUCCUAAAAUGUCUUAAAUAUAACAUAACUAUGUACCUGUGCAGCCCAGUCAGAAUGUAUCCAUCACAAGCAGCUAGUGUGCUGCUAGUUUUUGUACCUUUUUGCCAGUGUGCAUGUGGAAUGGGUCUUAAAUGUCUUAAAAAGUCUUCAGUUGGACUUGUUGAAACAGCAGAGACCCUGUGUUUUGUGAACAAAGCACAGUUCCACGCCGGAUUCUCCAGUAUUCAUCCAACUCUAUCCAGUGGAGGAGCAGUUUCACUGGCAGAUUUACUGUCACUGUCCUGCUCUACUGAAAGGUUGAGCAGAUCAUUCCUCCCCCUCGCCACACGGCUUUUCAACACAGCAGAAUGGGAGCGAUAAAAAACACAAACAGGACUGGACUGAUUGAUAUGAUCGAUACUGAAAUAUCAAUACUUGUGAUACUUCUUCAUGCUCUCAAAUCAAUGCUCAAAUCAAAAUAUCAAUACUUUUGAUACUUCAGUCAUUUGCGUUAAUGUUUGAACGUUUGUUCGUUGAAACAAUGACCGAUUGUAAACUGACCCGAGUGUGACCUGCGAGUAAAGUUUUUUGCUAUAGUACUUCUUAAUAGUGAAUCAUUUAUUUGAAUGGUUUUAUUAUAAGAUUUUAAAAGUAAUUAAAAUAUUCAAUUAUUAAUGUAUUUCAAUACCUUAUUUCAUUAAUAAAUGAAUUAAAUAUCUUGUAGUCUUUAUGCUGCGAAAUGAAAUACACUACUGAUGCAUUAGGUGAAUUGUAUCUGUAUCGGAUUGGUAUCGCCGAUACCAGCCUGAAUAUCGGAAACGAAAGUAGUGGUAUCCAAUAUCCCAAUUGUGUUUGCUGAUAACCUUUAUCAUGUAACCGCCUGAGGGGGGCCGUCUCUCUCUCUCUCUCUGCAGCGCUCAACGGUGGGGGGGGGUUUAGAGGCACCGCUGGACCCUUGACCAAUCGCAACAGAGUAGGCGUGGUCGGGGAGGAGGCAGUGGAAUCUGAGAAGAAUGCAGAUUUACUCUGUACGCAAUUUCAGAGUUAGGGAAUAUUUGAUUGAAAGAACUUCCCGUACUGCCCCACUGGCAUCCAAAAUCAUUUAAAAUAUCUUCAGGGUAGGAUAGGAUAGAAUAGGAUAGGGCCGAUCAGGAUAGGACCCCUUUAAUUUAUAGAACUUCUUAGCAACUACAUGUCUGUAGCCCGUUGAAAUCAUCAAAAUGCCCCCCCCAGCAUGUCGUCCAAAACAUUUUGAGCACCGCCCACAGCGGGAGCCACAUAUGUCUUUGACAGUCAUGGGUGUCCUCAUUGUUACACUGUACAAGAAUGAAGACGAAAAAUGCUCUUAGUACCAGUGUUGCUAUUGAAGGGGGCGUUUAGGAAAAAAAAACAUGUAAUUGACGUCCCAAAAUCAAAUCCUUUGUACAGUUUUAAUUGUGCAUUUGUAAUUUUGUUUAGCACCUUUUGUAAUUCAUGUCUGCGUUAGGCUUUAGCGUAUAAAGGUCACCACCAUACUGGAUUACUAUUGCUACUAGUAGUAUCUUUUUUAUUAAGUACCUUUAUAUUGUUCACUUUUCUCUCUUGGCAUUAUGUACAGCAGCGACUCACGCGGUAAUGAAGUGCUUUAUUGUAUUCAUGUGUUUUGAAUGGAGAAUUUUAUUUUAUUUUUUAAAUAUUUGUUGUUGAUGGCCCUAACUUGAGAUGUAAAAUGAGCUCAUUUGCCUUUUGAACAGAACUCCUCACCCGGCCUCAGCCAUCGUCUCUUCUCCUUUCAAUAAUUCUAAUGCUCUACACUGAGUAAAAAUGUUUGUAUUGAUGUCACGGACUGACACACACACACACACACACACACACACACACACACACACGCAGGACCAGGCUGGUCCGUUGAAUGUAUUCCUGGAAGACUAUUACACACAAACACACUUAAUUGAAAGUCUGUAAGCCCUGACCACAUGUCAUGAUAAAAACACUUCUUUUUUUGUGAAUAAGUUUGGCCUGUGUGCUGUACAGGACGAUGAUGCAAAAAUGACCCCCACCCUUAUUUUUUUUCCUCCUAAUUCAGUAUUGUAAUAUUUCAUAUAAAUAAAUCUUUCAUCAACACA